GAGAAAGAGUCUGGGGCGCGCGUGCGCAGCGGCGUGGGGAGGAGCAGGGAGGAGCAGGGACCUGGCAGCGGACUGGGAGGCUGCGAGCGAGCCGUGAACCGGGCGGGCGGCGGGUGCGCGCACCAUGGGGGAGAAACCCGGGACUAGGGUCUUCAAGAAGUCGAGCCCUAACUGCAAGCUCACUGUGUACUUGGGCAAGCGGGACUUUGUAGAUCACCUGGACAAAGUGGAUCCCGUAGAUGGCGUGGUGCUUGUGGACCCUGACUACUUGAAGGACCGCAAAGUGUUUGUGACCCUCACCUGCGCCUUUCGCUAUGGCCGUGAAGACCUGGAUGUGCUGGGCUUGUCCUUCCGCAAAGACCUGUUCAUCGCCACCUACCAGGCCUUCCCCCCAACGUCCAACCCGCCCCGGCCCCCCACCCGCCUGCAGGACCGGCUGCUGAGGAAGCUGGGCCAGCAUGCCCACCCCUUUUUUUUCACAAUACCCCAGAAUCUGCCCUGCUCCGUCACCCUGCAGCCGGGCCCAGAGGACACAGGGAAGGCCUGUGGCGUAGACUUCGAGAUCCGAGCCUUCUGUGCCAAAUCACUAGAAGAGAAAAGCCAUAAAAGGAACUCUGUGCGGCUGGUGAUCCGAAAGGUGCAGUUUGCCCCAGAGAAACCCGGCCCCCAGCCUUCAGCUGAAACCACACGCCACUUCCUCAUGUCCGACCGGUCCCUGCACCUUGAGGCUUCCCUGGACAAGGAGCUGUACUACCACGGGGAGCCCCUCAGCGUCAAUGUUCACGUCACCAACAACUCCACCAAGACUAUCAAGAAGAUCAAAGUCUCUGUGAGACAGUAUGCCGACAUCUGCCUCUUCAGCACUGCCCAGUACAAGUGCCCCGUGGCUCAGAUCGAACAAGAUGACCAAGUAUCUCCCAGUUCCACGUUCUGCAAGGUGUACACCGUAACCCCGCUGCUCAGUGACAACCGGGAGAAGCGUGGCCUUGCCCUGGAUGGGAAGCUCAAGCACGAGGACACCAACCUGGCUUCUAGCACCAUCGUGAAAGAGGGUGCCAACAAGGAGGUGCUGGGGAUCCUGGUGUCGUACAGGGUCAAGGUGAAGCUGGUGGUGGCCCGCGGUGGGGAUGUCUCAGUGGAGCUGCCUUUUGUUCUUAUGCACCCCAAGCCCCAUGACCACGUCACCCCCCCCAGACCUCAGUCAGCUACUCCUGAAACAGAUGCCCCUGUGGACACCAACCUCAUUGAAUUUGAUACCAACUACGCCACAGAUGAUGACAUCGUAUUUGAGGACUUUGCCCGGCUUCGGCUGAAGGGGAUGAAGGAUGAGGACUACGACGACCAGUUCUGCUAGGAAGGGGGGUUGGAAGAAGGGAGUGGACGGUGCUGGGAGAGGUAGGGGCAGGACCAAGAUCCCCACUGUCAUUGGGGUGGGUCCCAGCUCCUUUUCCCUUCCCCUCCUUCCAGCAGCUUCCUCAGCCAACCUCUCCCCUCCCCCCCAUCCCUCUCCUAUUUCCCACCCACCACCCCCCAUACGCACUGGACCCAUCUCCUGUUGAACAUGGGCAUUAAUGUUUUGACUACAGCUGUGCUACCCCAACCCCCCAGUGGGUGGCAAGCUGUGUUCAUACCUAAAAUUUUUGGAGGGGGAUGCUGAAAAGAGGAGUGAUAGUAGGAAAAGGGGGGAGAAAGAACUGCACACUCAUUCCCUCUUGUCACUGUCUGCCUCCCAUUCCUUCAAGCUGAGACCCUUGGCAGGGGCAAGGCCACUUCUUUGUUUCUGAGCAUAAAGAAUAAACCUUUUAAUAGGC